UCCAGCACCGCAACAAGACACAGCAUUCUGCAGACAUGGCCGACGAAGACGUCAGCGCGCUCGUCGUGGACAACGGCUCCGGCAUGUGCAAGGCGGGCUUCGCCGGCGACGACGCCCCCCGGGCCGUGUUUCCCUCCAUCGUGGGCCGGCCUAGGUACCAGGGCAUCAUGGUGGGCAUGGGCCAGAAAGACAGCUACGUGGGCGACGAGGCGCAGUCGAAGCGAGGCGUGCUGACGGUGAAGUACCCGAUCGAGCACGGCAUCGUCACCAACUGGGACGACAUGGAGAAGAUCUGGCACCACACUUUCUACAACGAGCUGCGCGUCGCCCCGGAGGAGCACCCCGUCCUGCUCACCGAGGCGCCGCUCAACCCGAAGGCCAACCGCGAAAAGAUGACGCAGAUAAUGUUCGAGACGUUCAACACGCCGGCGAUGUACGUUGCUAUCCAGGCCGUGCUGUCGCUGUACGCAUCCGGAAGGACCACUGGAAUCGUCCUGGACUCUGGUGACGGCGUGUCCCACACCGUGCCCAUCUAUGAAGGGUACGCGCUGCCGCACGCGAUCCUGCGUCUGGACCUGGCCGGGCGCGACCUCACGGACUACUUGAUGAAGAUCCUGACCGAGCGCGGCUACAGCUUCACGACGACGGCCGAGCGCGAGAUCGUGCGCGACAUCAAGGAGAAGCUGUGCUACGUGGCGCUCGACUUCGAGCAAGAGAUGGCCACCGCCGCCGCCAGCUCCUCCCUCGAGAAGUCCUACGAGCUGCCGGACGGCCAGGUGAUAACAAUCGGCAACGAGCGCUUCCGAUGUCCGGAGGCGAUGUUCCAGCCGUCGUUCCUGGGCAUGGAGUCUUGCGGCCUCCACGAGACGACCUUCAACUCAAUCAUGAAGUGCGACGUGGACAUCAGGAAGGACCUGUACGCCAACACUGUGCUGUCCGGAGGCACCACCAUGUACCCGGGAAUUGCCGACCGAAUGCAGAAGGAAGUUACUUCUCUCGCACCGCCCACAAUGAAGGUGAAGAUAAUAGCGCCACCGGAGCGUAAAUACUCCGUAUGGAUCGGAGGUUCCAUUCUGGCGUCGCUGUCCACGUUCCAGCAAAUGUGGAUCUCCAAGCAGGAGUACGACGAGUCGGGCCCAUCCAUCGUGCAUCGCAAGUGCUUCUAGGUUUGCUGAUCGGUAUGCGGCCCUUCCCGUGUGCUCUACGCCUAGAGCAAUGGAUGCAAUGAAACUUGAAGCACACCCUUCUGCACCCUCAACUUGUCUACAGCGCUACAAUGCUUUGCUGCGGAUUACCACGCAGGUGUACUUGCGUCAUUUCUGACGUCACCCUGCAUCCUUUCCUAAAAAUACCUGCACCUGCCAACAUCGAAAUCUGCAGUCACAAGCUUAAAACGAUACAUACCUGUGACGCCUUCGAAAGUUCGCUGUUAUUCAUUCACUGAAGUCAUCUGCUUACAAUUAGCCUUAUUUAUUUAAUGAAAGCAUGUUGUUAAGAUAUUUUGUACAUUUUCUAUUAUAAAUAUAUUGUUUGCAAAA